AUGGCUUUCAAGUUCGUAGCACUGAUCUCCCUAAUCGCGGCCGUAUCGGCUGGCCUUAUUCCUGUGGAACACCACGAGCAGCCACAGCUUUAUCACGCUGCGGUGCCGCAACAGCAGCAUGUGAUCUACCAGAAGCCUCACGACAUUCACGCACACGCCCACGCCCAUGAGGUCUAUCCCGAUGAUCCUCAUCCCAAGUACAACUUUGCCUAUGAUGUGCAGGACGCCGUGUCUGGCGACUCCAAGAGCCAGGUGGAGUCCCGUGACGGUGAUGUGGUGCAGGGCGAGUACUCCUUGGACGAUGCCGACGGCUUCCGUCGCACCGUCAAGUACACCGCCGACUCCGUUAAUGGAUUUAAUGCAGUCGUCCAUCGCGAGCCCCUGUCGCAUACACACCACAAACUGGUGGCUGCUGCUCAACCUGCGCCCGUACAGUAUCACCAUGCCGCUCCCGCCUACGCUGCGCCCACCUAUGCCGCUCACGCACAGCCCACAUACAAUGUUCACCAUGAGCACGAGCCCCAGCACCACCAGCACCAGGAGCACUAUGCCACCUACGAGACUUCUGCUCCAGCUACUCAUGAUGCCCACGACUAUUAUCAUCACUAG